AAAACCGAUUUAUCGGGUUAAUCAAAUUCAGACAGAUCCCAUGACAAUUCUGCUCUUUUGCAUAACCUUUCGGAAAAUAUGAAAUAUACGUGUAGAGUUUCGUGUUGUAAGUAAUCAGCCACCUAGCUCAAAGUAGAAACAUCUUUUUAUAGCGAAGAUGUCUACCUUGCGUUAUAUUAUCAAUUAAAUAUUGAAUAUCUAGGUUCUCAAAAGAUCCUAGAUUUGUUAUUUUAUUCUUAUAAACGUUUAAAUCUGACAAAUGUGUUUUAUGCUCAUAUUCACGCAGGUACAUCUGCAGGUUUCCGUGAACUGUUGGUUUCAAAUAAGUACCAUUCUAAGCUAAGAAAAACUUUAAAGAAGACUGCAUACAAUGCAGUCUCCACAUUCGUGUCAUACUUUUCUCACACUGAUCUCUACUCGUAGUUCCAAAUAAACUUGGUCAAUCUACUUCAUAUAAUUUCUCAGGACAAUUGAAAUAUUGUUUUAACGUGCAGUUAAGCUAUGAACGUUUGUGUAGUUAUUACUAGUCUCAAAUACACAUGCUUUAAUUGAAAUAGGUGUAGAUCGGUUUGUUUUAGUUGUUUAUUUCAAUCAUAAGCAUGAUAAUUGCCAAGACAUUACUCGAAGAUUGAAUGUUACUGAUGUAGCUGCUCUUUGUUUCCAAACUGUUAAGUGAUUUGUACGAUUAGUCAUACAAUUAUGACUAGUCCACGCAUUUCGAGAGUAGGUCGGAGAGGUCAGGCCAACAAAUUUAGCAAGAAGUGUGUAUGUGAGCCUCUAUAUACAAAAUAUCAUGCGCAUAACAAACUGGAAUAAUAGAAGCCAACUUGGGCAAAAUGCUUUAGGGAGAGCUUUUUUGUUUAGAUAAAGCGGAACUACAAAAAACAACAAAUAACAGCUAAAACUGUCUACAAAUUAAACUUAUUUUAACCAUACCUAUAGGUUUAUGGUAUCAAGAAGUCGUUAAUUUUCAUCAAUAAGUAUUCUUUCCUUAAAGUCAAACUCAUAUAAUAAAAGCAGACAAAGUUCGAUCUUAUGAAGUGUUUUUAUGCAGUAAAUACUUUCAGAGUUAGACCUUCAAAAGCCGCUGAGUAUGUUUUGUAGGCAGAUGUGGUUUCUCACUCUAUUUCAGACUGCUUCUAAUUCUUAUGUGUCCGCUAAAUAGCUAUGAUUCGUCUACUUUUUGGGAUAACGUUUGCCGUAUCAUGUUGGAUCCUUCAAGCCUACUCGGUGACAUAUGAAGCCAAUUUGGAUGAACCAUAUAGGGGUGAAAUUUCACAGGACCAGAAAAUUGAAUACCAGUUUACUCUUGCAAAUCGUAGUGAAUUUGUUAUUCGAGUACAUGUAGUAAAUUACAACCCGAAACUAGAUUAUCCUAUGUUAGUGGUGAUCAAGCAAGUGGACAAUGUAAUGUCAUUCCAAGCACCAAUGGUUCUUAAUUCUAUAUCAGUACACGGUAACGUUAGUCGCACACUGUGUCCAAUCAAAUUACUGCCUGGAGCAGUUCGAAAACUCACAGUAGAGUUGUCUAAUGCUGUUAAACCACCUGGAAAAGUGCGUUACAUGUUUCUGGCUCAGUUAGUUCCUGAUUUCGAUUUGGAGCCGGGCGUUGAAAGAAGUAUAGUAGUCUCACCUGCUGAACCUAUCUAUUUACGAUACCUUUAUCCUCCAGAAAAAAAUUCAGCAGAAAUUAAGGUUGUUUCAAAAAGUGAUAUAUGUAUGGUUUUGUCUAUCCAAAAACUGCAGUGUCCUGUCAAUGAUUUAUCCGAUACAGUGGGAAACACUGGGUUACAUCAAACAGUCACUACUUUGGGUGCAAUAUCCAUUGAUGUGACUCAAUUCCUCAAAGGAUUUUUCCUCGUUCUAGUCUUGAAACCAACAGACUAUGCUUGUUCCGGCAUCGAAGAUCUAAUUCCACCAUUACCAGAUCAGGGCUUAUUUUCACAUGAACCACAGAUAAAUCUCUCAGGAUCUCGAAGUAAAUCUGUUAAAAUACUAAUUAAUUCAACACAUAGGAGAUGGCCGUAUUUAUUACCCAUACUUGGAGCUGUCGGUAUUUACUUGCUUUUCUACGUGGUCACAAUUAUUAUCAUAUUACUGUAUCACAGAGCAGAAAGAAGAAAAAGAUUUCUUGAUGAGUUGACGGCUAACUUUGAAUGUGGUUCAGACUGUGAUCCAACUGUUUGUUCUGUCAAUUUGAGCAAUUCUAACCUUUUUUAUGCCAAUACAGCAGCAUCUUCCUCCUGUUCAUCUACUAUACCAGUAAAUACAGCAACUUGUUCAAAAACUACUUCCAGACCGAUUGAUCCACGAAUAUCUACCAAUUUGGUUAACCGAAAAGAUAGAUAUAAUUAUGGCAGUAUAUUCAAUUCCAGUCAUACUGAACUACAUCAUAAUGUUAAUAGUAAUAGUUUACAGACUCAAAGUAUUCCUGUAGAAUCAGCGUCUUAUGAUAAUGCUGUUGUAUACAAUAAAACGAAAAUAUCAUUAGAGAACUACAAAAAAAUGAAAUCUAUCAAUAAUAUGAGAAAACGUCCGUUUACCUCUGGUCCAAAUAUAGUAAAAACUUCAUCAGAUAGUUUGAACAUACUUAGACCGUCUCAUACUGGUAUACACCAUCAAGUAUUAAGUUUACCACAAGAUUAUCAGAGUAUUUCAUUAAAUAAUUCAAUGGGAUCUAGUCUUCAUUUUCGUAGUACAAUUCACCAAACACCUCUAGUUGAAAUACAAGGCUCACACGGUUGGUUCAGUUCCACAGAUGAUGAAGAUGAUUAUGAUGAUAACAAUGUUGUAAGUGGUGGUAGUUGCAUCGGUGCUAAUAAUAAAAUUCAAUCAAAAAAAGAAAAGAAUCAUUUCUCCAAUUUAAAUCAUCUUACUAAUAGUACUACUAUUUCAGACAAAAUACAAAUACCAACACAUUCUACAUAUUCUACAAUGAUUGGUCAAGAGAUUCCUAAUACAUCUCAGCAAUCAGAUGUUGUACAUUCUAACAAUACUACUGUUAAUACCAGUCAUGAGAUUAAUAAUAAUGAUAAAAAUCGAAAUGAUAAGCCAGAUUCUGUGAGUAGUAUUGGUUUAACAGAUGAUCAGACAGAUGUAAAUUCAGAAUUUAUUCCAAUGUAUAAGAUGAAUGUGUUAUUAUAUGUAUCAGAUUUGUCUAAAAAACGUUAUGGAACAUUGAAUAGAAAAUAUUUACUUUAUUUCUGGUAUUUAAUCAUCAUAUCCAUUUUCUAUGGAUUACCAGCAGUACAAUUAAUCAUGACAUACCAAAAGGCUGUUUUUGAAACUGGUAAUGAAGAUUUAUGCUAUUACAACUUUGAAUGUGCUCAUUCACUUGGCAUCUUCACGGCGUUUAACAAUAUUAUUUCAAAUAUUGGCUAUGUUAUGCUAGGAUUAUUAUUUCUUGGUUUGACUGCCCGACGUGAUAUUCUUCAUAGGCGAUCCAAAAAUUUAAACCCAAACUCCCAGGUAUUGGGUAUACCGCAGCAUUAUGGUUUAUUUUAUGCAAUGGGUUUAGCAUUAACUAUGGAAGGUCUAAUGAGUGCAUGUUAUCAUAUGUGCCCGAAUUUUUCUAAUUUCCAAUUUGAUACUGCUUAUAUGUAUAUACUCGGUAUGCUAAUAAUGUUAAAAAUUUAUCAGACAAGACAUCCUGAUGUGAAUGCAUCAGCGCAUUCAGCAUAUAUGGUUAUGGCUGUAGUUAUUUUCCUCGGUGUUCUUGGUGUUUUAUAUGGGAAUCAGAUUUUUUGGAUUAUAUUCACUAUCUUCUUUCUAAUUAUGAGCGUUAUAUUAACUGUUGAGAUUUAUUAUAUGGGUCAGUGGAAUAUUGAUUUAUGCCUUCCAAGACGUAUUUAUUAUUUAAUUCGUACAGAUGGAAUUGGUUGUCUUCGUCCAACUUAUUUAGAGCGUAUGCUUCUUUUACUUAUUGCUAAUCUAGUUAAUUUCACCUUAGCCGGUUAUGGCAUAGUCAAACGACCAAGAGAUUUUUCUACUUUUUUAUUAUCAAUAUUUAUGAUCAAUUUAUUGAUGUACACAUUUUUCUAUGCAAUUAUGAAAUUAAGACAUCGUGAACGCUUUCAAAUGUUAUCAUUAGUAUAUAUUUUACUAACUUGUGUAUCUUGGGGUUGUGCAAUUUAUUUUUAUUUUAAUCGAACAACCACAUGGGAAGUAACUCCUGCUCGUUCUCGUGCACUUAAUCAACCUUGUGUUUUAUUGGAUUUCUAUGAUGCACAUGAUGUUUGGCACUUUUUAUCUUCAAUAUCUAUGUUCUUCUCAUUUAUGUUAAUAAUGUACAUGGACGACGAUCUCUCAAAACGUCCAAGAAAUCAGAUUUUUGUUUUUUGAUCACCAACUACUACAACUAUGAAUUUAUUGUUCAUAGAUAUGAUUAUGCAAUGAAAAUAUUCCACAUCUCUAAACGCUAUAUAAUUAUCCAUGAUCAGACAAUUUUUAUUGUAAUUAACUACUUUAUCAUUAUCAUUUGUGAAUUUUUAGUGAUUUUCUUCCCAUUAAUUUUGUUUGUCCAUCUUUUGUGUUUUGAGUAUGUUUCCAUUUUUGUUUGAUUCAAACUUAUUGUAUAGGAUGUAUUGAAGCGGAUAAAAGAAUAUAUAUAUAAACAUAGAUUUUUGCAGAAACAUAGUUCAUUAAUCAAUAAUUACGUAAUUAUUCAGACAAAGAGCGGUCAGCACCAUUCAGUUUUAGGAUCUAUGUUGAUUGUGAUUGAAUCACUGUUUCCAGUCAAUCAAUAUGAAAAAGUCUCUGGUCUAGACUUCGUAAUGUUGAACGCUUAUCAGCAAGGCGUAUGUGUGCUUUCAAAGAGCUGAUAUUUACUUGGUGAUCCCAAUACUCAAUUAAUCCCCUACAAAUUGUAUUGAGAGUGCACCGAUUGGUUACUCGUUGUUCAGUUAAAAUCAUAGUGAAAUAAUCAAAAAUUCCCCGUUUUUAACAUUUAAAAGUGUAGAAUUAUUAAUCUGGAAAAAACUCAGUUUAAUAAUGGUAAUAGUCGAAAUGGUAACCAAUUAAAUGUAAUAAUUCAAAAGUAGUUAAUAUUACAAACCGCCCUUCCAUAGGCAAUCAUUGAACCUUGGGAAUAAUGCUGACAACAACGAAACAACUGUACAGUUGCUUUACUUAGGUCAUAGCUGUGGGCUUCUUGACUUGUAAUUAUUUCGAGAUGUUUACGGAGAAAAAUCAUCAAGACUUUUUAAGGUUCUCAAAGGGUUGAGAAACUAUUCUUGCAUGAUUAUAUUAUUAUCUAAAUAAAUUCAUAUUUUUAUAAUUAAAUUUGUAUGUUUAUUUAAUGUCAGUAACAGCUAACGGAUUUGUAGUUAUUUAAGCUUUUAGACACUAAAAUGAGAUGUUUAAAAGUUCCCUUGUUUGUCAAAACCAAAGAUGGGAUAAUCUUCCAAGUUAUGCAAGAUCCAAUAAGUGAAAAUGACUUCAUAUCAAUAUUAAACAUAGACAAUUAGAUGGAAAUAACAUGAGAACCCAUAUGAGUGAUAUAUUUCUUCAUAAUAAUAUAGAAUGCAGGUUGCAGUGGGAUCCAAAACGCGUAUUUCAUUUUACUUGUGAUUGGUCAGCUAGAUAUAUCUGCACCUCAGAGUUGAUGCUAACUUUAGAACACGGUCCCAGAACUGUUGCUUAAGAUGCCCAAGCGUUGGCGUCUGAAGUGAACAAUACUGGGACCAUGUCCUGUAGUUAACAUGAACUCUGAGGUGCAGAUAUAUCUAGCUGACCAAUCACAAAUAAGAUUGCUAUAUCCGAGCGAAGAUUAAAUCACAAGUAACUUCUGAGACAUAUUAAUUGGUUAAUAUUAUCUAUACAUUCUUAUGAUAUAACUAUUCAAUAAUUAGAUUAUGUAUAUUUAUAUUCCUCUUAUUAUAAGCUUUAUUUUGACUUAUAAUUUAUUAUUGUACGAUUUACGGUUCUUAAGCUAUGUUCAGUUUAUUGACUACUGCCUUCCAUGUUCACAGCCACGUUUUGACUUUAUUGUAUACAAAUGUUAUUUCCUAUUUUAUGGUGCGUUGCGGUCUGUUUGUUUGAUAUAUAAACACAGUAUGUCUGAAAUA